AUGGCGUCCUCUUCCUCUUCCCACCUCCCCCAGUCCGUCUUCAACCCCCGACGUCAUGUUGGCGUGCACGCUGAGCGUGUCUCUGAUGUUUCAAGUACUGAGUUCCCCGGACACUACCCUGGAGAGGACCACAGCUGGAACCUCGCAAAAUUCAAGCAGAACUUGAAAGUAUCGGUGAAGAGGUUAUCACAACGUUCCGUCGAGUUUGACUUGGUCGGAGUGGACGCCGCGAUUGCGAACGCGUUCCGUCGGAUCCUGAUCGCUGAGGUACCAACAAUUGCCAUAGAAGAUGUCUUCGUAUUCAACAACACUUCCGUAAUCCACGACGAAAUCCUUGCACAACGCAUAGGCCUCAUUCCUUUAAACGUCGACCCCCGACUGUUCGAUUUUCGGCCCCCGGGAGGUAUACCCAUGGACCGGAACACUCUUGUAUUCAAGCUCAACGUAACGUGUGAGCGCGCAAAAAAGGGGUCCUCGUCCCCGUACAUCAACGAAUAUGUCAAGAGCGGCGACCUCGUCUGGGAGCCGCAAGGCGAGCAAGCGACCGUGUUCGCCUCCCGGCCGCCUGCAGCGACGAAUCCGGACAUUGUGCUCGCGAAGCUUCGUCCGGGCCAGGUGAUCGAGAUGGAGCUGCAUGCGAUAAAAGGUGUCGGGAAGGAGCACGCGAAAUGGAGUCCGGUUGCGACGGCAACAUACCGCCUGCACCCGCUCGUCCUCCUCAACCCGUCAAAACCGGUCCCGCCAGAGCAUGCGCAAAAGUUCGCGAAAUGCUUCAGCCCGGGCGUCGUCGAGGUUAGCGCGGCUGGCGAGGUGGCGAUCAACGAGCGCUACUUACGGACGGAGACGAUGUCGCGGGAGGCGCUCCGGCAUAAAGAGUUCGAGGGAUGUGUGGAGCUGAAGAGGAUCAGGGAUUGGUUUAUCUUCCAGGUAGAGAGCGAGGGCCCGUACACGCCAGAGUUGCUGCUCCCAGAGGCGAUCAAGGUCAUGCGCGGGAAGAUCUUGUCCAUACGCGCCGCGGCGGAGGCGCUCCUCGAGGACUCGCAGGACUUGGGUAGCGGUGGCGGAAGCGGGCGCCCAGACGCGGAUGGGGACGUCAACAUGGGUGGGCAGUAGAGGACAUGUGUUACUGUUUAUGUAGGUCGAAUGCUAUAUAAGCGUUUUCUUCACAUUGUGCUGUGCUCUGCGGAGCGGCUUCGGAGCGUGAGUGCCCAUGGACCCUCCGCCAAGCGUCGAACCGGAGCCGGCGGCGGCGGGAUAACAUGUAGCUUGGGCCUGUCAUCACGAUCUCGUCACCAUAAUCAGAUUCAAACCUCGAGGCAUCGAGGCCAG